AUUUCAGUUUUUCUUUACAUUUUUAUGUACCAUGAGAGCAGUUGGUUUCUCUCUUGUUUGGGGUAGGAGAAUCCAACUGCUCGCAGAUGAACGAUGAAGUGAGCGAUGGUCCAUUUGGUGUCCCUUUUAAAUUAGUUUCUGAAUUUAGGAUCUCCACGCGUUUCACUUUAUUUCUAAAACACAAAAUAGGUUAAGAAAGUGUCUGUUCGCGAUAGUUUGAAGAAAUGAUGAUUCACAGGAACGAAGUCUACAUUAUUUACCUUUACAAGCUAAGCAAACUGAUUUAAACUGAUGAAACAACACUAGUAUCGUCAAUUGUUAGCUUAAAUGUGUGGAUAUAGCUGGAGCUAAUAAGCGGCCCGUGUGUUUCUUUUCUGUAGAUUUGUUUGUGCAGCAAAAAGAAAAAUGGGCAAUGAUACAGCACGGUUUGACUUCGACGAUUCACCCCGUCUGUGGAAUGGAAGAACCAUUAAGAGGAUAAUUGACGGCAAUUCUACUCUCUAUCUUCUAGAGAAUGAUCAGAUGGACACGUCAAGUGGAAUAUCUGCAAGUGAUUCUGAGUCCUCACAAGAUGUCACAGAGAUAUCUUCACUGUUAACGUGGUUACGCGAUAACCUUCAUUUUGACGUUGAAUGCAAUCCAAAUUACAGUCCUUUGCAGGGAGGAGGUCCUUGCGUUUUUACAUUUACUCCUGGGCUUCACUCCGAAGUUACAUCAGUUUAUGCUACAUUUGAAGGGCUAGACACUCAGGAACUUGAUUUUUCAAGGAGAGGUUGGCUUGGUUUCUUUCCAGCUUCACCAGUUCCUCGGGUGGUUUGGGUCACACUCACGUCGCAAGAUGGUAUUAUUUUAGGACGGACUCAAGUAACAUAUGGAACGCACCUGCAGCAAGUAGUAUCCUUUCCAAGCCCCCUGAAGAGGUUUUUCGAAGACUGUAUGAGUGCUAAUCCAUCCGGUAGUCCAACUGGAAACAGUGGAGGUGAAACAGAAAGUUCUAAAACUCUUGGAUGCAACAAACCAGUCCAGAUGUUGAGUCUGUUAGUAUAUGUAGCAGCAGAAAUUGGCGCUCAGCAGUUCAUUGAAAUAAUCUUCACCUCUUCAGCGGGAAGAGUGGUACACAAUGCAUACAAAGGCAAUUUAACAUUGCCAGAGGUUAUUGCCAGAGAUCAUGGCAAAGAAGAGACUGCAAAUUACCUUGAAGACGUGACCAAAAGAUUUUCUGAAGAGACCACGACCGAUAACGAAUGCUCUCAGAUAAUUGAUUGGUCCGAACUCGUGAAAGCUGCUGAGGAAGCAGAAAAACAGUUUGAUCUUACCAGUGAAAAAGAAGAUGAUCAAAUUGAAAAGGAUAUCCUCAAAGAAACUGGCUAUUUAGGAGAUAUUGACACAUCGUCCAGUGAAUCAUCAGAGGCUCAAAGCUCGGAUUCUGAUGAUGAUAUUUCAAGAACGUCAAGGAAAGAAAUUCAUAUGAAGACAGCGGAGUGCAAACAACCAGUUUGGCAGCAAGAAGAUCACGCUCUUGAGGCCAAGAAGGCAAGCCUAACUCAAAGCCUCAUUUUGUCUCCCAAAGUUGGAGAGUUUCUAAGUGGCAAAGCAAAUGUUAUAACUUUUUAUGCAACUAAGCCACUCAAAUGGAAAGAAAAUGGUCUCCACCUGAUUCAAGCCAGCCAUUUUCAAGAAGCGCACAGUCUACGACAAGUAAAAUAUCUCCAGAGUCCAGGGAUAUCCUUCCUUCUGGGUUCAGGCAACGAACUAGUCCAGCAUCAACCCAUCACAGCGUAUCAAAGGUUGGGCUACUUACUGACGUUAAGUACAGAAAGAAAUGCAUCUUACAAGAGGCAUGUUAACACAGCUGAAGCUCGCCAGUCUUCAGAACAUUCACGCACCAUUGUGGGAAACAAGGGCGAUCCCGAGUCGAAUACUACGGACUCCCUACAACAGCUUAACUGCAAAACAGUUAAUGAAGGACCUGAGUUUGAUUGCCUUCCAGAAUUUACAGCUGCGGCAGACAGUGAGGGUCUGACCGUUAGACAGAAAUCAGCUGAGUAUUUCCUGGAACGUUGUCAAUCCGCCGCUUCUGAGUUUUGGUUGCUGACUUAUGUAUUUCGCCUAACCAAGGAGAUCUUGUUUGUUUAUGUUGCAGAUAGCAAAGAUGUCUUUCCUCUUGCCUCAUGUUUUGACGGUAAAGAAUAUGAGUUGUCGUGGCAACGUCGGCAAUGGCAGUGGUGUAGAAACAAUGUACCUAAGGUCCAAGAACUUCCAGGUACCUUAGCAUUUUUUUCCCUUCAUUAUUGCGUUCGGAGAACGCAAGCCUGAUUUUCACUUUUGGCUUUCUGGAGUUGGUUUUCCUGUGGAGGGUUAUAUGCAGAAAAAAUCCACGUUCCUGUAAGGACACCAAAAUGGCCACCCCGCUUGACUUUUGCAGGGGCAUGUCACGGCCAGUAAACUGGUACCGUUACUAAGACAUGUAACGAACAUGUGAGCAUGUGAGCAGGCCAUAUGAGCUCGUCUUUGCGCUGGAUCUUCCUUUCCAUUCAGUCGCCGUGGGCUUCGCUAUUUUGUGCUCUUAUCGUUGGAUUUUGGUGAAAUUAAACGCUUCGACGGUAGCAUUUAUCAAAAUCUGAGGGAAUUGUCC